AUGUUCUCACUCCGCACCCUCCCACAUCCAUGCACCCUCCGCAUCAUCCACCUCCUCCCGCCCUUCUUCGCCCUACUUACAGCCUUCUUCCUCGUCCUCUCUGGCGUCACCGGUACCAGAGUAGGAUUCUACUUUUUAAGGGUCCAGUAUUGGGGGGAGACGGAGGCGGGUGGGGAGCAAGGCGGUGGGGAGGUUUGGGAGGUUGGAGGGUUGGGGAGUUGUGAGGUUGGUCAGGAGUGUACGGGAGAGACGACAAGCCCGGCACAUUGGGGUAGUAUACACAGUCUGUUGAUCUUUCAUCUCGCGUCCAUCCCCAUAUCCUCCCCACCAUUCACUACACGAGAGCUCCGACUCCACCGGGGCUCUACCAUGUGCCCGAGCUGUAAGACGAAAGAAGAGGCGAGAGUAGCUGCAGAGCAAGAGGCAGAGCAAGCGGCAGCUAACGCCAAGUGA